AAGGAGGGGGGGGGCGUCGUAUCCGCUCUAGGGACGCCAGAGUCGGGCUUUGGUGAGCGUGGGCGUCGUCCGGUCGUUGUUGUUUCUCUGGAGCUUCCCAAUGAAACGCGAGAUUAGUUAGUGUCUCCGGUUCUUACUUUGGAGGGAAAGCGAGCUUUGUGUCGCCAAGUUGAAGAUGGAUUUGGCCUCCGUGUUUCUCCUUCUCGUCUGGUUACAGGAGUCGGUAGCUGACGUGGCGCCGCCGACCAACGUGACCCUGCACUGCCACAACAUGAAGAACGUUGUGAAGUGGAGCUACGAGGACCCCCCCCCGCCGGGGCUCAGAUUCAGAGUCAACUUAGGCUCAUUCUACUCACUGAACAGUUUCCCUAAUGUGAUGUGGGUCGACCCACCGGCUCAACAACAAGACGUGUCAUUUCUCAAUGAUCCACAAAAUGAUUACUUUCUAAGCGUAACUGCUGUGAUUGGACAGAACGAGUCUCUUCCCACUGACAUCGUUUUCAGUUAUUCCCGGAGCUCUCUGGCAGAGCAGAAAUGUAAUUUGGACUUCCCAUCGGUCAACGUCACUGCCCGACACAACGGCUCCGUCCUAUUCCGCUUCUCCCAUCCCUGGCUGCUCUACUUCCAGAAGCCGACACACAGUCCGAGUAAAAAUAGAAGGAAGAAGAAAAGCGCAGAGCUCCCUGAAUUUCAAUACGACGUUCAGAUCGUCAACCAGGGGGGGACACACACCUUUUUCUGUGAGGACAGCGUGUGUGAAGAGGAGCUGCUGGUGGACGCUGCACAGGAGAAACACUGCCUGAAGAUGCAGGGAGAGCUGCAGGCCGUGUCGGUUCAAGCCAAGCAGGCGUACUGCGCCCCGCGGCAGGAAACACCGAGCUAUCUCCUCCCCCUCUGCGUCUGCGGCGGCCUGUUGGUCUUGCCCUCGCUCGGAUUGGUCGUCCUCAUGCUGUACCGAAAAGGCACCAAGGCAGAUAUCGCUCCACCAGAUUUUCUGAUAUUCCCGAAUAAACGGUUGAAGGCGACGCACACGGCGCCGAAAGAAGCGCUCAAUGUGCCGGAAGUGGGCUCGCCCACACGCCUGCUGCCGGCAGAGGAGGAGGAAGCCCGGACGCCGCUCAGCCCUCGCUUCACCGAGCCCGAGUUCCGUCUGCCCAUCGGGGUGUUCGCGCGGGACGAGGGGGUGAUUGUUGACGAGGAGGCGGGCAUGGAUGGAGAAUCCGGGUACAUGGGUGGCAAAGACCUGGACCAGGGAAGACGAGGACGAGGCGCCGUACUCCGGCAAUGUCCACGUUCCUUAUGAGAAGCGGCCGGUGCUGGAUAAUUUGGGCCCCAGGUGAACUGACUGAGGGUUUUCGUGGCUAAAGUUGGGGGGGGGGGGGGGGGGCUCACAGCACAUUGUGCCACAUCGACUGUUCGAUCUGUUUAGAUCGAAUAAGACCGAACAGCGACUUGUUACAAUGCAAAGUGAACGCAGAUGGAGAGACAUCUCCCUUCCUGUUGCACCUUAACAUGAGUUACAUUUAUCUUUCGCAUUUAUAUGCCAAAGCGGCCUUUGGAAGUUUUAUGACGUACUGGAUCCAAAACAUUUCCGAAUCAGAGUCCCUGGAAUGUCAGCAGCAUAAUCCUAGAUGGUAAUGCUGCAUGUAUUGUUGUUUUUAACAGGCUAUUUGGGUUUAAUGCUGUGAUCGAUCCUGCUGGUGUCACAAAGAUGACGUCAGUGUCCAAAAAGGGCACAUGAUCUUUUUAAAAAAGAGUUAUUACUUCCCACGCAUUUACACAAUAGCUUUAGCAUGUACAAAAUCUCACUCUGUGAUUUAAUCGCGCAAUACUACCCGCUGAUGGCAUUCGAAAUGUGUUAAUCAUGCAUGUGAUGCACGCACACAGGCUUUAACACACGUGUGAAUCUACAAAUACUGAGAAUUUCCUUUUUGCUUAUUUGCACCUGGGACUUUGUUGAUUGGUCCUCAGCACCUUAAAGUGAACUGGAUGUGUCCUGAUGUGUGUGAUAGCAAGUGCAGAGAGGUGGAGGUCGUGCAGCCUUUCAAUCCAUGUAAGCAGGUUUCGCACCUUUUGUGUAGUUAAACACACUUAGUGUCGUGGCUCAUAUCCGGGUUUUAGUUGAUUUUUGGAGCCACUCCAAAUGUUUUGUAUGUAACCUUUUUUUGUGUUCUGUAACUUAAAAGGUGUGAAUGUUAGAUGUGUUUUAUAGUCGGUGCUGAAACAUGAACAGUGAGUCUGGCAGAAGUGAAACCAGGAAACGCUUUAAGCGACUCUGACAACGGGAGUUUGGAGCUGGUGCUUUUCUUUGUUUUGGAUUUGGCGCUGCUCAUUAAACUCAUCCACUUAAUUGUCUAAUUUAGCUACUGAGCUGUUCUGUCGGUCAAUCUGUCCACCUCAUUUUUUUCCUUUUCUUUCUGAAACAGCCAUUUUUGUAUUUGUCCUCUGUCAUCUUUUAAGUAUUAUGUACGUCUUUCAAAUAAAAAAAUAAUACAUUCA